GAUGUGAAGUUGGGGGGGUGGCGGUUGCUGCUGGAGGAGGAGAUCCCGGGGGGGCGCCGGGCCCUGUUCGACAGCUACACGAACCUCGAGCGGGUGGCCGAGUACUGCGAGACCAACUACAUCCAGUCAGCAGAUAAGCAGCGAGCCCUAGAGGAAACCAAAGCCUACACAACCCAGUCAUUAGCAAGCGUAGCCUAUCUGAUCAACACUUUGGCCAACAAUGUUCUCCAAAUGCUGGAUAUCCAAGCAUCCCAGCUUCGUCGCAUGGAAUCUUCAAUCAAUCAUAUUUCACAAACGGUGGACAUUCACAAAGAGAAAGUUGCUAGAAGAGAAAUUGGUAUCUUGACUACAAACAAAAACACCUCAAGAACUCACAAAAUCAUUGCACCAGCUAACCUGGAGCGACCAGUUCGCUACAUCAGGAAACCUAUUGAUUAUACAAUUCUAGAUGAUAUUGGACAUGGAGUGAAGUGGUUGCUUAGAUUUAAGGUCAGCACGCAGAAUAUGAAGAUGGGUGGGUUGCCUCGUACAACACCACCCACCCAGAAGCCACCAAGUCCACCAAUGUCAGGAAAAGGAACUAUUGGGCGUCACUCUCCUUAUCGUACUUUGGAGCCAGUACGUCCUCCGGUGGUACCAAAUGACUACGUGCCUAGCCCAACACGCAAUAUGGCUCCCUCACAGCAGAGCCCUGUUAGAACGGCUUCUGUGAAUCAGAGGAAUCGCACAUACAGCAGCAGUGGGAGUAGUGGAGGAAGCCACCCAAGCAGUCGGAGCAGCAGUCGAGAGAACAGUGGAAGUGGCAGUGUGGGUGUUCCUAUUGCUGUUCCCACGCCGUCUCCUCCCAGUGUCUAUCCAGCCCCUGCUGGCUCAGCUGGCAGUUCUCCCCUUCCUGCUACCUCUGCUCCUGCCCCCACCCCUCCUGCUCCUGUCCCUUCCUCUGCUGCCCCAGAUGCUGCUGCAGGAGCCCAGCCCCUUGCUGAUGGCUUCACCUCUCCAACUCCCCCUGCUGUUUCUUCCACACCCUCUACAGGUCACCCAGUUCAGUUCUACAGCAUGAACAGACCUGCAUCUCGACACACACCCCCAACAAUAGGGGGAUCUUUGCCAUAUCGGCGUCCUCCUUCGAUCACGUCACAGACGAGCCUUCAGAACCAGAUGAAUGGAGGACCUUUUUAUAACCAGAACCCAGCAUCCCUUGCUCCUCCUCCCCCCUCCAUCCUACAGGUAACUCCACAGUUACCACUAAUGGGAUUUGUGGCCAGAGUUCAAGAAAACAUUUCAGAUACUCCUCCCCCGCCACCGCCUGUGGAUGAGCCAGUGUUCGAUGAAUCCCCCCCGCCGCCCCCACCUCCAGAGGACUACGAGGAGGAGGAAGCAGCGGUGGUGGAGUACAGCGAUCCUUACGCAGAGGAGGACCCUCCCUGGGCACCACGGACCUACUUAGAAAAGGUGGUGGCCAUCUAUGACUACACGAAGGACAAAGAAGAUGAGCUGUCAUUUCAGGAAGGUGCCAUCAUUUAUGUCAUCAAGAAGAAUGAUGACGGUUGGUACGAAGGGGUCAUGAAUGGAGUGACGGGGCUCUUCCCAGGGAACUAUGUAGAGUCCAUCAUGCAUUACUCAGAGUGAAGACUCGAGGACAGAGCUCUGCAUCUCCUGUUGCAGGAGCUGUCAGGGCUUCCUGGAUCUCCACCAGCCUCUGGGGCCCCAUCCAGAAUAGCUGAAUGAAGGAUAAUUGUAACAACCACUCUUUUUUUUUUUUUUUUUUCCUCAUUAUAAAACAAUAGUGAUUUGAGUUGUUUGAACAAAUGGCUCUUCCGGCUGCCAGCAGAGAGGCUAUCCUGAGCCAUCUGAUGGUGAAUUAAGCUGACCCAUUCAGAUGUAACAAACUCCUUGAGUAGCUGACACUUCAGUCAAAUUCUGACUUCUGACAGGCUCUGGGAUCUGUCUCAGGAAUCCUGUGCGCCCUCACGGUACUACUUUUGGCAGCAGUGCCUGGCACUUGGGAUGUCCUGGGAUGCGUGUGGUGAAGGGUUGCUGGCCAGUGGACAUCCCUCCUGUUUCUACACUACACUCCUGUGCAGCUGGAAGAAUGCUUGUGUGCUAGGGAACACUGGGAUUUGUACACAAAGCCGUUUGUGUAUCUGACUUUCUUACAGGUGGUUACAUCUUAGCAUAAACACUUUUGCAGCUGCUCUGCACAUGUAGGCUGACACAGGGCACACAGGGCUGGCUUUGAAUCACUCACCUUUAAGUUUAGACAAUUAGGAUGGCUGCAGCCCAGAGGACCCUCACCCCCAUUUCCUCAUCUUUUAAAUGCAACAGGUUCGUUUUUUGUUAUGCACUGAUGUAAACGUGCUGCUCCUGCUCCGCACGAGCUACCAGCCAUGGGUGCUGCUGGGUUAAACGGAACUCAGAUGCCAUUGACGGUGAAGGUGAAACUAAGUUUACAGGUCCUCCUGGGGUCUGAGGAUAAACUCUAGGGGCUGUGAUCUCUAAGGUUCAGAUCUACUCAUGCCUGCUUGCACUAGAGAAACUUACCCCCAACUUUAGUCUUAUGCACAAUAUAAUCUUAAAAAUCCAAUCAGGUAUUGUAAAUUGGCUUUUUGUACUUGAUGACUAGAUUUGCAUAUGUACUGUGAGAGCCCUGUGCAGAGGCAGGACAAACGGCAAUUGUCGUCUACAUGUCUGUUGCCAAAAUCUCUUCAGUGGAAGUAAAAAGGGCUGUUGUGUGUACUGGUUUCCCAUGGAAAUCCAAGCAGUAACUAGUAGUAGUCCUAGCUCUUCUCCCAGUCCUUUCCAUUGCUUAUCUUGAAGAAAUACAUAUUUUGAGCUGUACUGGUGGAUCUGGGGUGGAAUAAUACCAAGCAAAGGCCCCUGGGUUAAUAGUUUGCUUUUUAAGUUUCAGUUAAAAUACUGCUCAGUGUUCUGCUUUGCAGAUCAGUGUAAAAUGAUGGCUGUACUAGUCUGCCCUCAGGAAGGACUAAACACUGUCUUUGGGUGAAUGUCAUGCACUAACAGAACGAACCAGUUAAACCUCCUGUUGCAGUCCUGUUGGCCCACAAAUGGAGCUGACUCCUGCAUUGUGAGAGCUUCCUGGGCCAGGACAUCUUCCUGGACAACUUUUGACUGUCACCUGACCAAGUUCCAGCUGGUACCAGCAGUAGCUUGUCGAAGGCAAGGUAACACUGCAGCUUUCUUCUGAGGCCUGUGUGUAAAACAGCAGUGUAGAGAGCAGUGCCAAGGGGUGAGUUUGUGAUAAUAUUGGCAGGGGGACUUGACACAAUCCCUUUACUUGGUAGCCAGUGCAGUAUCAGGAUGGAGGUGCAGGUUUGGUAUAAACUCGAGUGGGAAGAAGCCACAGCUGCUCAAGUGGGAAGAAAGAGGAAACAAAUAGGUGAGGUGCAUGGGGGAUACUGGUAAGUUUUAUUGGUAUCUGCGGUGAGCUUGCAGAAGAGGGCAUUAACUCCUGUGACAGUGUGUAAAAGGAACUAGUUUGGUGGAAGCCAACAAGAGGUACAGUUCUGAAGGAACCAGUGCAAAGAUGGAAGUUACUUUCUCCCAUGCUUAGUCUGCAACUGUGUAGCCAAGACACUGUUGUCUUCUUUCUAGAAGCUGGCAGCAGCAGUAUUUGGAAUAAACGUUAGCAAGAACAGAUACCCUUCUACCUACCUUCUGUCUUGCAGCAAGACUAGCAGAAGCAGCCAUGUUCAGUUCCCUUGGCCCAUUUCUCUGGGAGCAUACCUAGAAAUGCUGGUUGUCCAGUACCUGGUGCGUAUGUUUCCAGUGCCACAGGGCAGGCCUACAGCUUUUGCAUAGGGCAGUGGUGCUUGCAGCAUGGCUAGAGAUCAGGGUGAUUGCACUGCAGUAUUACACAGCCACCCCCUAUGCACCAAAGAAUUGCAUUUUCCAGGACUAUUGGAGCUUUCCUGCCUUCUGCUGUGCUGGGUUUGUUUUUGGUGAAGACUGAGCACACAGUGCACAAAUAUAUCGAGUUUGGCAGCUUAAAACAUUACUACAGGAGAGUGAAUGCUCUCUCCUUGCACACCCAUAUUCCAGCUGGGAGGUCACGCAUUAGUGCAAUCAUGUCUUUAACUCAGUAUGUGUAAGAGCAUGCGCUUGAAUACUUCUGACUGAUGGGUGGUGACAGUGUGUACUUCCAUAGUGUGUGAUACAUGCUCAUGUCCUUAAUUUUAAUUCAGCUGGUUGUGUAUCUUGUGAGUUUUCUCUGUUGAGAGCUGCCAGAGCAGUGUGUACUCUGGAAAGUGCUGAAUGGAUGUCAGACCUCAGGACAGAAGAUGAGGCUGAAAAACCUUGAAGAUGUGCCAAGCUCCUUCAAAGGCUGGUUUGGCUUGAUGGGCCAAAGGUUAGUUGGGUUUCUGCAGAUAGCAUGUGGUAUUGUUUGUCCUGUAAGAGCUGCUCUGGAUGGAAUUUUGGGGUCACCUCCUGCUGGUUUUAAGCUUUAUUAUGCAGUACUAAUGCAAAUAAAUGUGUUGACUUUUAUGCAUACUUUUUAUUUUGUAUAGAUUUUAAUUCUGUGGCUUGUUUGGGGAUGAUGUGAUGUUAUGGUCAUAGACCAGGCCAAGGUAAACAGGCUUUGUGUAUUAAUGUUACAUAGACUGCAUGCUAGUGGUCAGUGAGGGUUGUGUUUCCAGUUUUGUCCUUUGUAUGUCUUCUCCAAAACCUUCACCCCCACGCCUCCUUAUUUCCAUAUACUUCUAAAAGGGGGGUAGGGGAGAAGUGUGGAAAAAACCCUCAGUAUUUCACAUAGAUGCACAACUUAUCUUCACUGAGUUCUGCUGCCACAGUGGGAGGUGUUCAGCAUCACAAGCCAUUGAUCAGAGCAGCAGGUGUGCAUGAGAGGUAGGGUAGGGGAAGGAGACACUCCAGAAAGGCCAAAGAGUGCUGUAUGGCUAAAAUGAACAUUUCUCCCUUUGUGAGAGCUGUUAGCCCAGCCAGAUGUUUUCAUUGUGCACAGGAAUCUCUAGCUGUGGAUUUUGCUUUGGUUUGCUGUAGCAGAGUUCUUCCUUGCUCUUGGCCCCCUUGGGACAAAGCUAUUAACUACAGCUAUCCCUCUGCCACAAUGCCUGUGUGAAAGGAGGUCAUAGACUGUCCCCAGCUAGUGUUGGUGCAGAUUAUUUUCAUGCCUUUGUUCCUGAGGUGGCUGGGGUUGCAUGUGUCUCAUGUUGUUGGUGUUUUUUUGUGUGUUCUGCUUUUUUUUCCCUCAGAUUGCUUUUCUUUAUUCCCCUCACUGGCUGUUGCAGCAGCCGGUUGAGAGUGGCAGGAAAACCAAGCCGCCUGUUUUAUGCCUCUUGCAUCCUGACCGCACCUCCAUGCGCAGUAGCUGGAGCAGGCUCUAGAGAGCAGAGGCAGUGCUGGGGGACUUGCUAGCCUGACUUGGAGAGAUGCACAGACACGGACAUUGACAAGCCGCUGCUCUCACUGGAGGGCAAGUGGCAGAGCAUGGCCCUUGUCUUGUUGUAAGUGGUAACAGGAACUUGAGUUGGGAUUUCCUGGAAGUGGGUGGAAAUUGCUGCUGGUUUGCACCACAGUUCCCUCACCGUCCCUCUCGUCUCUGGCUGGGUGUUUUACCAGGGUGACAGGAAGGCUGAGAACCACCUAGCCCUUGCUAGAUCAGGUUGUUCUCCUUUCACACCUCCUGAGAACCUUCUUUCCUCUUUGAGGGCUCUCGCUGUGCAUUACUUUCUGGAGUAAGAAGAUUGGCCUGUCUUCUGCUUAUGCCAGCACGCUUGUCUCAUCAAGGCAGCCCUAGCGCCGUGUUUGCGAACAAGCAGAAUGCUUGGUCCCCUGUUCUGUGUGGUUCUUCAGCGCUCUUGGUGACAGCCAAGAACCAAAGGGUACGAUGGCAGCAAUGCAGCGUCUGCCAAGCACCACUUUUACCUUGGGCUUUUCAGCUGCCCUUGAGAGGGGAAGCAGUGACAGGACUGAUGCUCCUUUUUGGACAGAGGGUGUGCUGCCCGCCUGCCGCGUACGUGUGAGUUCCUGACUGGUGGUGGAGGGUCAUGCACUGGUGCAGCCUAUUGUGCUUCUGGGGUGUCUCCUACCUGUGUCAGAGGGUGGCAAGUUACUGCUGUGCUCUGCUCAGCAGCUUCCAGCAGUUCCCAGUGAACCCUGUAGCUGUGCAUCUCUUCAUGAGGAACAAGCUCACUUUCAAUUAUGUCUCUGGCCUUCAGGCAUAGAUCAAAUGUAAAAGUUUUACAUUUUCGUGUGGAGAGGACAGGACUUUUCUUCCAUUAAUAGUCUGGUGGCAUUUACAGGGCAACUUGUGGGAAGCUGUUAGAGGAGACUGUUGGAGACUGGUGCUGUGGCUUCUACUGGGUUUAUUAGCAUUGAGUGUAGAAUCACUGAGGACUGCAGCAUUUCAAGAAACCUUGCAAAACUCAUACAGCGUCUUUAGUCAGACAAGCCUUUGCUGGCAAUAGUGGCAGUGGGAAAUGUGCAGAACUGUUGUGUUCACUAAGGCAAAUAUUUAAUCUUGAGAAAAGGCAGUGUUGUAAAACAGUAUGAGCAGGUAGAUGAUGGUCUAUAGCUUAUAGGGAGCCAUGUUGAAGAAUUUACUGUGCUUAGGGAUAUAUUCUCCACCUUCCUCACCCUUUGGCAUCACUCAGUAUUAGGCACAGCCAUAGUUUGUGGCUAAAAUGGUAUUACACAGAGGUCAGAAUAGUGCAAGAGGGGAACAGUUUUUCUUUUCAGUAGCUGAAGUCAAUGUGGAGCAACAGUCCUUUUGAUUUUUUUGAACAUGCAAGAGUAGCAAGACCCUCAUCUCCUUUCUGUGGGAAGGUUGUUGAAUGCUUGAUGCAGCCAAGGUUUGCUAACUGCUGUUACAAAGAAUAAUUCACAGACCAGGGUGUUCUGCUGCUUUCAUUCGAAGAAAAGACCCGAUGUGUUUUGUGCAGCCUCCUGUGAAUGCAGGAACUGUUUUUUUCCUUUGGUACUCUGAACAUACCCAUUUUAUUUGUACCUUUGCUUAUUCCAAGAUGAGUUAGAAAAGCGUAAAGUCAGCAGCCUGGUGGCCAGAGGUAAGCCUACACCCAGCAUCCUGCUGAAUACCUGUGUGGUGACUGCUGAAAUACGUGCAGUGUAGUUGUUCCUAUUUCUCUUAAAACCUCAGAAAACUCCUACCACUAUCUACUAAUGAGGAAGAGCUUUGUACAAAUUCAUUUCCAUUACAGCGCCUUGCUAAAGUGCUGACGUCUGGAUAUUUUUUUUCUGUAAAGCCCAAGUGCUUCUUUUCACAUUUGAAAAAGUGUCUUUUGCAACUUGCAUGGACAAGUAGUUUCUAUGAAUUCUCUGGAAAUGUUAGUGUCUAACAUGGAUCUUUUGUCCAUGUACUUUUUUUCUGAAAGCAGAACCCCCCCACACACCGUUGGUUUGCAGUCAGAGGAGAAGCACCCUGUGCUUUUGAUUUUGGCACUGCUGAUGCAGUGGAUGAGUGCAGAGCCCACUGUAAAUGAUCAAGCCUGCAGGACUCUGGGGAGCUGUGUGCCGCCAGUAACGUUUUAUUGUGUGUGCCAUUUGAACCACCUUCCACGUGAGUGCAAAACCCAAUUUUUAAAUUUUUUUAAUUGUACUUGGAAUUAACUGUUGCUGUGUACUAAACCCUCUUGUUACGAGCCCUAAAUAAAAAGAACAAAGCACACACCA